AAUCCUUACCUGGACCUCAGACUCUCGGUGAAAGCGGUCCUCAAAGGCAAACGUGGCUCAAUUGAUAUUAAGCCAGCAAUUCCUAAGAAACCUGGCCGUCAGCAUGCUCGUUGACUUCGAAGAUAACGCGUCGAGACGCGAAAAAUGCUAUACAACCAUUACCCAGCUCCCAGCCUUCAUUGACCCCAAGCAGCCUCCGGCAAGCAAGUCACCUUUUACAGCUAUCAAGAGCCAUCCAUUUAUUCAUACAGUAGAGGUUAUUCUCCCUGAAGAGACAUACGCCAGCAUCAAGAGCUCGCUGAACACCAAGAUCAAGAAUCCUUCAUGUGCCAGAGUGUUUAUGCCACUAUCGGCAUUGAUUGAAGGAGACUUUUUCAAUGCUUAUAUCAAAACUGGAAAUAUUCUCAUGAUCUCAGAAGGUCGGCCGGGCCUAGGUGAUUUCUUCAAGCUCCAUGAUGGUAUUUUGAGCCUUGAACUUGGAAAAGAGUCUUUUGAACGGACAGGUCUCACGGGUCAGCCUGUUCGCAGCGGAGGGAGAAAACAUGCCAAAGAGAGAUAUCUGGUGGAGAUUAACCUCCGUCUGCCUUCCAUGCUUCAUGGCAAGAAAGGGUUCGAAAGAAUUGUAUGGGCAUUCGAAAACGUCCUGAACCAAUCUGUAUCCUGGCUAUUCUGCGAUCUGAAUUUUGAUCCAACAAUAGUCCAUGAUGACAAAGCACCAAUCAACGCACACCACCCGCAAGAAAUCAACUGUGAACCUGCUCAUACCUCAUAUGAAGAUAUUCUUGUUCCCGAAUUUCAAUUUGAAAACUUGACGGAAUCGACGCCCCAAGAAGAUCUGCAAGAUCAUUACGGUCGAAUCUCAGAGUGGCUCGCCAUGGUGUCGCUGGCCUCGCCCCGUGUGUCGGCAAGAGACAGCGUGGACCCUUAUCUUAGUCGUUAUGCUGUCGAGAAUGUCGAGGAAACCAGUAUUUCGAAUAUUGUCAGUCUGAAAUGGCAUGGGUUGAUCAACUCGCAAUGGAUCAUGCAGUUGUUGAUAUGUUUACUGCGGGAAACUGGUGCAAACAGCCCUACGUCACUCAGCUGGUUUUCUCUGUCUGCUGCUGCCUCAGGAAGGAACGCAGUUGAAGGCAAGGACGGCUACUCCAUUUUGACAGUCGCUGCCUCUGGUCGUCCGGUCAAUGAUGAAGUCAGUCCAUCAUUGCCAGCAGUACAAGAAGGUGAUAGCCGUGGUUUGAGGACAGCUAGGAAGUCGAUUUGUUGGGAGUUCGUCGGCGCGUCGGUUGUAUGAGCAUGUUACUGCCUGAACCAUUCUUGAAGAACCUCUAGUACUCAAUAAACCGUGGUGAUCAUGACGUCCCUGGAUGGUGCCUAAAGGCAGCUAUAAGAACUCCGCCGUCUCGAUAAUGCUCCUUCUGAACCUUUUACCCUCCCCCGUCUCUCUUUGAUGAACCACAGCGACAGCCAUUCUUUACCAUUCAUUCUCUAACAAACACAUUCACUUCACAAAAGUUCGCCUGAUAAUCUAUAUAUCCUUGAAACAUCCUAUUUCGAGCCACCUCUGCCAACAUCCAGAGAACCCACUCAAUCAUGGCCUUUUCCCAGGAAGGAUACGACUCUCUCUCAUCAGAAAAUUUCUUUGAAGA